AUGACGAGACUCGGUCCUUUGACUGCGCAGGCACUGGGCCGCUCACCAUUCGACGAUGUGGUGGACGGCGAAGGCGAGAUCGAUCCCCGCGCGCCCACACAGCAAUACGACAACCGCGGACGCCCCAUCAACCCCGAAACGAAACGAAUGAAUCGCGACAUGGUGCGCUCCCACAAUGAGGUGAUGCAGGUCAUUGGCGUCGCCGAGCCAGACAAUGCGCCGCCCUCUGCGGAGGUCGACUCCAUGCGGCGGUACUCUAAUUAUGAGGAUGCUGUCGGCACGCGACUAUUACGGUUUGGACGAGCUCUGGAGAUCGCCGGCGUCUGGGGCAUCAACGGCAUGCGACUGCGUAUCCUCCUUUACAAGCGCUACGCAGACAUCUCUUUCUUUGAGCUUCUCCAACAUGAGAGGAAACAGCGUCCAUUAUCAAGCGUCCUUCUGACCGGUUUGCCCACAUUCCUCGGCGGCCAUGUCUUCAAGAUGGCCACAUACUGGGUUUACCCCUUCCCGCGGAAGAACCAUUACAUCAACACCGCCCUGUCAUACAUCCGCGUGCAUCUGCAACUCUACGUCUUUCUCCAAAGGCUAGAUAUCAUCCCCUCCAGUAAAAUGUUUCCCUCGUUAAGCUUCUUCAUUCCCGGCUCGCCCUCGUCUCCCAUCGCAGCCCCGGCACCGCCCAAGGACUUCAGCGCAUCGUCGCUGGCACAGUACGCAGGUGCAUGGUGCGUCAAUGCCAUUCCGUUCGUUUCGUAUGUCAUCUGGGGCCAGAUCUGGACUGAGGUCACUGGCCAUCUGUGGCAAGAGUUUUAUGGACGACUGCCGAAUACGGUGCACCACCGCAAGCCCCCGCCCCUGCUACCCCCGCCGUCAGCACCGAUCCUGGAGACUCCAGAGCCGGUGCUUGAUGUAGAUCGAUCGCAUCCCGAGCCCCUUUCUGAGAUUGGAUACGCAGAACCCACUGAAGACAUCCCUCCUGAAGUGGACUCACCCAAUGAACCCCCAAUCCAGGCGGUCCGCCGGCCCAGUGCGUUUUCCGCUCGCGGAGACGACUACGGCAGUGAUGAGGAAGAGGACGGAGGCGUUAGUGCCACUUUAAUCAGCUUCGACGUUGAGGCCACAGACUCGACCGAUGCUCCUCCGGGACUGUGGUCCGCUGAGCUGCGCCCAAGCACAGGUCCCGAAGGAUCCGGCCACGGUGCCUCGGUGCAGUACAUGGACACUAUGCUGACAAGGCUCCCAGCGUGUCUGGCUUCCGACAUCUUUACUGUCAUUUCGGGGUAUGUCUUGGUCUCGCCCUACGAGGCUGUCGCGCUGCGGCUGGUCGCCAGGUCCUACCGUGAGCGGAUGGGCCUCCCUACCUUUGAUAUCCAUGACACCAACAUCUUCAGUGGCAUGACGUUGAGGGGUGUCACAAACUUCCUUGGGUUGGAAUUUGUGCAUUUGGUGAUUGCUGGCGAGCUAUGGGCGCUUAUUACAGGGCUCGCUCAGUGGUUCCAUCUGACGGAGGAGGAAUGGAAGUUUUUUAAUGAGAUUGAGGAGGCUGAGGUGGAAGAGGAACGAAGACAACAGUAA